GGGCGGGUCCAGCGCAGAUUGCAGCAGCAGAGCCGCGGGCAGGUGCUGUUGCUGUCCCUGUUGAUGGUCCCACUGCUCCGAACCGUGUAUCAGCGUCUCUUCUCCAUGGCGGCUGAAGCCUAUACCCCAGGGAGCCUGUCAGCUGCCUUCGUCACCUGCCCCAAUGAGAAAGUGGGCAAGGACAUUGCAAGGGCGAUGGUAGAGAAGCACCUGGCUGCCUGUGUCAACAUCAUGCCUCAGAUCACAUCCAUAUACGAGUGGAAGGGGAAGAUCGAAGAGGACAGGGAGGUGCUGUUGAUGAUCAAAACCCGGAGUUCCCGGAUCCCAGCGCUGACCGACUUUGUCCGGUCGGUGCACCCAUACGAAGUAGCAGAGGUGAUUGCGCUGCCCAUCCAGCAGGGAAACGCACCAUAUCUGCAGUGGGUUGGGGAGACUGUGCCAGAGUGAGACCCCGUACCCCACAGCAGGGGACCGUCUGCCCCUACCCUGCCUCAAUCCCCCUGUAUGGAGACACCACAGGAACAGGACUCACCCCAUGGAAUUUUUUUUUUUGCGGGGGGGGGGAACCUGCAGCCAAUAAACUGCCCCCAACGCACCAA